CUCAGAUUUCCCCAAAUAAAUUUUAUCGGUCCACCCGCACGCCCCCCGACUUUUUUUUUUUCCAAUCUUUCCUUCACUCCAACCCACGAAAAAAAUCAUCAUGUUCGCUGCCACCCGUGUCUUGUCCUCUGUUGCCGCCAAGCGUGCCUUCUCCACCUCGGCCGCUAACCUCUCCAAGGUCGCUGUUCUUGGUGCCGCCGGUGGUAUCGGUCAGCCUCUCUCUUUGCUCUUGAAGGAGAACCCCCACGUCACCCACUUGUCCCUCUAUGAUAUCCAGAACACCCCUGGUGUCGCUGCUGAUUUGAGCCACAUCAACACCAACUCCAAGGUCACUGGCCACAAGCCCGAUAACAACGGUUUGGAAGAAGCUCUCAAGGAUGCUCAUCUCGUUGUCAUCCCCGCCGGUGUUCCCCGUAAGCCUGGUAUGACCCGUGAUGAUUUGUUCAACACCAACGCUUCCAUCGUCCGUGACCUUGCUCAAGCCGCUGCCAAGCACUGCCCCAACGCUCACUUCUUGAUCAUCUCCAACCCCGUCAACUCCACUGUCCCCAUCUUUGCCGAAACCAUGAAGAAGGCUGGUGUGUUCGAUCCCAAGAAGCUCUAUGGUGUCACUACCCUUGAUGUUGUCCGUGCUUCCCGCUUCGUCGCUGAAGUCAAGAACUUGGAUCCCAAGGAUGUCAAGGUCACCGUUGUUGGUGGUCACUCUGGUGUCACCAUUGUUCCCCUCCUUUCCCAGACUGGUUUGGAAUUCACCAAGGAAGAACUUGAUGCUUUGACCCACCGCAUCCAGUUUGGUGGUGAUGAGGUUGUCAAGGCCAAGGAUGGUACCGGUUCCGCCACCCUUUCCAUGGCUUUCGCUGGUGCUCGUUUCGCCAACUCUGUCUUGGAAGCUACCGUCGGUGGUAAGAAGGGUGUUAUUGAACCCUCUUUCGUCAAGUCCGAUGUCUUUGCCAAGGAAGGUGUUGAAUACUUCUCUACCAACAUUGAGCUCGGUCCCAACGGUGUUGAAAAGAUCCACGGUCUCGGUGAGAUCUCCGACUACGAGAAGGAACUCGUCAGCAAGGCCGUGCCUGAAUUGAAGAAGAACAUCGAAAAGGGUAACUCCUUUGUUCAGUAGAUUAUCUCUUUUUCCGUCCCAUUUGGAGAUGUAAAUUUUGUACAAUAUUUGACAGUCUAAAAUUUUUUUUAAUGUAAAACGAUCGUGUAAUCAUGGAAUUCUGCGGAUUGUGAUUGGAUAUUGGAAUGAUGGGUUUCUUUUUGGAGUAAGGUGAUGAAAAAACAUGUCAGGAGUACGUGCUAUGUGUGAUAAAGCGAG